UGAUGAUGAUGGUGUUGGUGGUGGAGAAGACGAUGAGACUGGUGUUGAUAACGAUGAUAAUAUUAGCAUUUGGUGGUUAUGCAAAUAAAAAGGCAAACACUGUUAAUGCCUAUGAACAGUUACUAUUGGUACGUGCAACGUGUAGCAUUAACAUAACAAAAUAAAAACGUGUCUAACGGAUUAUAACACAAAAACAUUAAAAAUUCAUUAAUAAUUAAAUUAAUUAUUACAAAAACAAUUAUAUAACAAAAAAAAAGCAAUUCUAAAUAAUAACUGAAAUAAAAUGGCUGGUCCAUUUUUAUCUCCCUUGCCCGGCGAUCUUUUAACGGAAUAUAUGUUCGGUCGUCGCCGCCAAAGACGUAAUCGUACAACUUUUACACCUCAACAACUGCAAGAAUUGGAGGCAUUGUUUCAGAAAACUCAUUAUCCUGAUGUCUUUUUACGCGAAGAAGUCGCUUUAAGAAUAAGUCUAAGUGAAGCUCGUGUUCAGGUAUGGUUUCAAAAUCGUCGAGCGAAAUGGCGUAAACAAGCUCGACUGCAAUUAUUGCAAGAUGCAUGGAGAAUGAGAUGUUUAAGUCUAGGAACUCCUCCAGUUAUGGGCCAAGGAGGUUCGCGAGUACCAAACGGCACUAUGCCCAACGGCUCAGCACCACCCGGUUUACAGCCUGGAGAAGUUGCACCCGAAAAUCUCUCUAACUCCGCUAAUAAAGAAAAUCCCAAUGGUGCCCUAAACGAAACAAAUGUUACCAUGAUGCAUACCAUGCAUGAUGGAAAUACCGAAAGUUCACUCGCAAAAAGCAAUGGCACUGAAAAAACCUACACUGAAUUAAAACUUUACAAAGAUCAUCAUCAACAAAAUCAACAUUUGACACAAGCCUUGCACGCACAAAUGCAAAAUGAUCCUCGUUUAAUGGCCGCCUUAGAACAGAACUCAGAUGAGGGUUCAGAUGGCUCCGAUUCAGAAGAAAUCGAUUUGACUUCUGGAUCAUGUAUAGAUUUUUCAAAUAAACACCAAACAGUAGUGGUGGGUUCAGCGGCAUCAUCGUCAAGUCCAACACUACAUGCCCAGCAACAGCAGCAGCAACAACAAUUACAACAAGCACAAAUGGUGGCCAGCAAUGGAGUGCAUUGAAAUUCUGUCAAACGUUUUUCUUUCUUUAUAA